CAGUGCAUUGUCAAAUGUCAAAUAGAGAAAAUCUUUGUUGAAUGAAAAUUCUUAAGUUUUGUGCUCGUUAAUCGCUGUUAUUGAAACAAAUUUUACAGUUCAAGAUGGCUCUAAAAGCUCUAGUUGGACAAAAGAUUAUGAAUGAAGUCAUUCGGUACCGGCCCAAAGGUAAAGAAAAUCAGAAAGUGGAAUGGAGGAUCCUUAUUGUGGAUCAGCUGUCUAUGAGGAUGGUGUCUGCUUGCUGCAAAAUGCAUGACAUUUCCGCCGAGGGGAUUACAUUGGUGGAAGAUAUUCAUAAGAAGAGAGAACCACUCUACACAAUGGAUGGAAUUUAUUUAAUCACUCCAUCUGAAAAGUCAGUACAUGCUCUUAUCAAUGACUUCUCGAUAGGCAAUCGUAUUAUGUACAAGGCUGCACAUGUGUUUUUCACUGAAGCUUGUCCUGAUGUACUAUUUGAUGAAUUAUCCCGUAGUCGUGUAGCUAAAUAUAUCAAAACAUUAAAGGAAAUCAACAUAGCUUACAUACCGUAUGAACAACAGGUGUUCUCGCUGGACUCUCCGGAAACCUUCCAAUGCAUGUACAACCCAGCGCUCACCCAAACUCGCAAUGCCAACAUGGAGCGUAUUGCAGAACAAAUCGCUACGCUUUGCGCAACGCUUGGGGAAUAUCCGUCGGUGCGAUAUCGCAGCGACUGGGAGCGAAAUGUGGAAUUAGCACAGCUUAUUCAACAAAAGCUUGAUGCUUACAAGGCUGACGAGCCAACCAUGGGUGAAGGUCCGGAGAAAGCACGGUCUCAGCUGUUGGUUUUGGAUCGCGGGUUCGAUUGCGUGUCCCCACUCUUGCAUGAGCUCACCCUGCAGGCCAUGGCCUAUGAUCUGCUGCCCAUUGAGAAUGAUGUCUACAGAUAUGAAGCAUCAGCCGGGAGCAUGAAGGAAGUGUUGUUGGAUGAAAACGACGAGCUCUGGGUGGAGCUGCGCCAUCAGCACAUUGCUGUUGUGUCCACGUCAGUCACCAAGAAUUUGAAGAAAUUCACUGAGUCCAAGCGCAUGGGAGGAGGUGACAAACAAUCUAUGCGAGAUCUAUCACUCAUGAUCAAGAAGAUGCCCCAGUACCAGAAGGAGCUAUCGAAGUACGCUACUCAUCUGCGCCUUGCUGAAGAUUGCAUGAAGGCAUACCAGGGAUAUGUCGACAAACUCUGCAAAGUUGAACAGGAUCUUGCAAUGGGUACUGAUGCCGAGGGAGAGAAAAUUAAAGACCACAUGAGGAGCAUUGUUCCAGUUCUUUUGGAUCAGUCCGUCAAGAACUACGACAAGAUGCGUAUAAUAGCGCUGUACAUAAUGUCGAAGAAUGGCAUCUCGGAGGAGAAUCUCAACAAGCUGGUUACGCACGCGCAGCUAGAACCAUCUGAUAAGCAAGCCCUGCUGAAUCUGGCCAACCUCGGCUUGAAUGUUGUUGUAGAUGGCAACAGGAAAAAGCAAUAUCAAGUGCCACGGAAGGAGAGGAUCACCGAACAAACUUAUCAGAUGUCCCGAUGGACACCUGUUAUUAAAGACAUAAUGGAGGACGCUAUUGAUGAUAAGCUGGAUCAACGUCACUUCCCAUUCCUGGCCGGUCGCGCUCAAACUUCCGGCUACCAAGCUCCAACGAGCGUCCGUUACGGCCACUGGCACAAGGAUAAAGCUCAACAGACCAUCAAGAAUGUACCUCGAUUGAUCGUAUUUGUGGUUGGAGGUGUGUGUUUCUCGGAGGUACGUUGCGCGUACGAAGUCACGGCGGCACUCAAGAACUGGGAGGUGAUCAUCGGCUCCUCCCACAUUCUCACCCCGGACAACUUCCUCUCGGACCUCAGCUCUCUCACGGCUUAAACAUUGACCUCUAUAUAUCUUUGGUUUUUCCUUCAAACCUCCCGAUUUAUUCACCGUUAGAUUGGGUUUCGUUUAACGCGUUUUGAGGGUACUUUGAAAAGUACAAUCGUGUCUUAAUUGCCUAUGAUUUGUGAUUUUAUUCACACGAAAUUAAGUAUUAUAAUUAUAUCGAGAUGGGGUGUGACAUCUAACUUUUCCUUAUUAUUAUAUAGAUUAUAUUAAAAGACAAUGUAUAAAAUGUUUAUUUUAUUAAUACUAUAAUUUAUGUUACAUGUUAUAAGUUUUAAAAGUGUUGCUGUUAAAUGUAUAAAUUUAAAUUUGAUUAAAGCAUUGGUCAGUGUGUACUUUAUAGUAUUCAUAUUUAGUACCUACCUUACUCUAGUUAAAAUCAUUUAAGUAUUGCUAUAUAAAAUUAAAUUUAAAUGAAAAAUCAGGUUACCCAUAUUGCAAUUAUUUUUGUAACAUUUUUUUUUAUUCACGUUUGUUUCAGUUAUAUAUCAAAUAACCAAUGCAUUUAUUUGAACUAAAAUGUCCCAAAAUUAUAAACUUUUCUUCCUUAAAGUAGCAUAUGUCGUUAUUAGAAUAAUUCAGAUAGCGUCUAGAACAAAUGAAUGUAUGUACUAGUACUUAUUGUUAUAAUUCGUAUCAGAACUCGCUUUGAUGUUUAAGAUAAAUAAAUUACCGUUUUAGCUGUAUGGGAUGUUAAAAAAAAUAUUGUUUGAUUAAUUUAAAGGAAAUUAUGUUGAAAUUUUUCUCAUUGAGUCAUAUUAUUGCUAUCUUUCAAGAUAUUAUUAUGAAUUUAAUCAAGUAAACAUAUUUAUAAUAACAACAUGUUCAACUACCUAUAUAUUUUAUUAUUUAUUAUGAAUUUGAGCUAAUCUACAUCAAUUGUUUACAUUCCGCAGUAGAAUAUAUCAUUAUAAUAAAUUAAUCACAUGACUUUAAUCAACGUUAUAUCUCUUAUAUAAAUAAGUCAGUUUCUCUCGGUAGUGUUAAAUUAUUUAAUAUUAACAAAUAGUAAUAAACCUUUGACCUAUAUUUAGCACAUAGAAUGUGUUUUAUGGUUUUAUCUAUAUACUUAUGUAGUUAUGUAUUUAGUGUAGUCGGUUUUACUACAACGAAGUCAUAAAACACUUGGCUUUUUGGCAUAUAUUGAUGCUACGGUAUUUUUAAAACCUGGACAGAUCAUUGUCGACCUUUUCUGAUUUUCACAUAUUUACGACUAUACUAGAUAUAUAAAAGAUAUACACACAUAGUGAUAAACAGCUAUAUUAUAGAUAAUAGCUACAAUCGGUAUAUGCGAGGGGAAAAGCGAUGGGUCAGAUUACAAAUUUCUCUAUAAUUCGGUCAAUACAAAUUUAUCAUGUGAACUCCACUUGACCCAUGGUUCUUAGCUUCGUUUUAGUUAUUAAAGAUUUGUGCAAUUAUGUAGAAAUAUGCAUAUUAAUUGUAUUGUCAGUAUUCAUCUGUUAACAGUUUUAUUAAAUUAUUCUUAACCAU